AUGUCCAUCUUUCCUGCAUACAUUCCUUCUAAAGCACGCGCAUGUAAAUUUUGUUCACACAUCGCAUCACAAUCAAAUUUCAAAUCUAAAGGAUGUCAAAACUGUGUAUCAAUAAAUAAAAAAUCUAAAUUUACAUCUGGUAAGUUUAAAGGUCUUAUUGGCCUUGUAGAUCCAGAAAACAGUUGGGUUGCUAAAUGGCAGAGGAUAUCUAAAUGUAAACCAGGUUUGUAUGCAAUGACAGUUGAAGGGGAUGUGGAUGAAGAAACAGUUAUUGAAUAUGAGAAAUCUGGUGAAGUGUACAUUGAUAGAAAUGAAUCAUUUAAAUUGUAA